AUGGUGUUCAAACUUUUGGCAGUAGUGGUCUUUUUGUUGAGCUGUCCGUCCAACGGACAAGAUUUUGACAAUGUAACCACUCCAGAAACGAACCUUCUUGCAGGUAUCAUCAACACGUUGACUAGCUCAUCUAACUCUAUUGGCUGUCCAGGGGAAUGUAUACACGCUCUGACGUCAUUUUUCUGUGACCGUGUUCUGGAGAAGAGCGAUUGUGGCGCCCCAUAUCUUCGGUGCUGUGUCCCUAAAAACUUUAAUCUAGGUACUCCAGUGGAAAUAUCGCCCCCUCUUGAGGUUGAAUCGGAAAUUGCCAUUCUUGAAUCUAAUGUUUCUCGUUUGCACAUUGCUACAAUAACGCCCCCUUCAGAUUAUCUGCUUGAAGAAUAUACUACGCAGUCGCCCUCGUCCUCGAAAAUAUCGUCAACAGCUUAUAGUACUUCAACAGCAAGUAGCACUAGCAUAAAAAAGCCAACAGAAGUUAUCAUUCACUCAUCAACAGUUACACCACUCAAAAUAAUGAUAAAACCAAAUGUGUCUUGUCCGGGAUUGUGCAUAGAUCGCACGUUCAUUCGCUAUUGUGGAAACAUUAUUAAAGAUGCUUUUUGUGCAGAUGAUAAAACUUGCUGUGCUUCGGAUGAUCGUAACACUACUCCCGGCUCCCUAACAACUACAUCUUCUUCAGCCCCCACCAUUACAAGACCACAGACCACCACCCCAUCUCAACCACUAUGUCCAGGUACAUGUGUAGCUCCGUUAUUUAGUCUCUUAUGUGACCAAGUAGUAUCAGGGUAUUUCUGUCAUAACAGUGGCCAGUGUUGCAUCUCUGCAUCACAACUCACCACAACUACUACCCCGCCCCCUAUUGGUCCAUGUCCAGGAACGUGUAUUCCUACUUUCCUCAGUGGAGUCUGUAACAAACCAGCGGAGCUUUUGCUGGAGACAACAGACUGUGCAAGUGGCACGAUUUGCUGUUUCAUAGUUCGUAAAGAUGAAGAUGGGCCAAGUCUAGAUCAGGUUUUACCUUCCUUGUUCAACCUACCACUGCUCCAGCGACCACCUCCGGUUAUACAGAAUCAAUAUCAGCGCCCAACUCGUCCUUCUACCUCGGGUGAUCAAAGCUCAGAACAGCCGUUGUUUUCAUCUCGACCAGUUGUACAGGGCCCUAACCAUUCUCAGUUUUCUCAUCCUCCGCCACAACAAUCUCGUCCAACCAUACCAAACUUUAACAGACCUCCACUUUCAAGACCACCUUCAAGCCAACAAUUUGACUAUCAGCCUUACAUUUCCCAAGGAAAUUCUGGUCAACCUACAGGGCAUUUACAUAAUCCAGUAUCUGGUGGUAGACCUUUAUGCCCAGGUCCCUGUGUUGCUAAAUUUUUGCGGUUUACAUGUUUUGGAAACAAUGUCAUCUACCCGGGAUUUGGUUGCUCCGAGGAGGACCAUGUCUGCUGCGCACCUGUUGUAGAUAUCAAACGUUACGAACAAAGUUUACAAUUUAAUGGAACUCCAGUAUUAGACACCACAACAUUGGCUCCUUCAACAAGUCUACCAACGAAGAAAUCAACAACUAGUAGACCUAAUCCAUAUGUGUGUGGCAUCAAAGGUACGAAACGUAGAGCAGGAGCACGUGUAGUUGGCGGUUUAGACUCGUCACCAGGGGAAUGGUGCUGGCAGGUGGCGCUGAUUAAUUCCCAAAACCAGUAUUUGUGUGGUGGAGCUUUGAUUGGUACGCAGUGGGUUCUAACAGCAGCUCAUUGUAUCAGCAAUCUAGUGAAGAAUGGGGACUACAUUUACGUGCGGGUAGGAGACUUUGACUUGAGUACUCCUUUAGGCAGUCCAGGAGCACAGACUCGCCGAGUAUACACCACGUACAUCCAUCAUAAUCACAACAGCCAAACACUGGAUAAUGACAUUGCUCUGCUGAAGCUGGAAAAACAAAUCGAAUUGAACAGUGAUGUUUGUUUUGUUUGUCUACCAGCUAGGGGAGUUAUUCGACAGCCAGGGAAACGGUGUACUGUAACUGGAUAUGGAUACCAAGGGGAAGCUGGUCCUAUCGCCCUCAAAGUUCGUGAGGCUGAAAUACCAAUCGUGGCUGACCAGGAAUGUACCGACAAGAUCAACGCAGUGACCGAAAAGCUUUUCGUAUUACCGGCUAGUAGCUUCUGUGCCGGUGGAGAGGAAGGGAACGAUGCUUGUCGGGGUGAUGGCGGCGGUCCCCUGGUGUGUGAAGUGGACGGUUAUUAUGAGCUGAGUGGACUGGUGUCGUGGGGAUUUGGGUGUGGACGCAAAGACGUGCCAGGAGUUUACGUAAAGGUUUCAUCCUUCAUUGGGUGGAUUAAUCAAAUCAUCAGUGUUAACAACAUUUAG